UGUGUUUGGAAGAUGCCAGAAGGUUCCGACGAUGGACACAUACCGAUAUGAGGUGUCACCAGGAGCCCUGCUGCACCUGAGGCUCACCUUACAGAAGCUCUCCCGUACAGGUUUCACGUGGCAAGAUGACUAUACCCAACGCGUGAUGGCCCAGGAGCUUGCAGACCUCCCCAAGGCUUACCCACAGCGCGGGGAAGCUCCCAGCCCAGCCAGGACCUUGCAACAGAAUGCCGAUAAUGAAAAAUGGCUCAGCCUGGAGAGUGAGGUGGCCCUGGCCAAGACCCUUCGGCGCUAUCUGCCCUACCUGGGGAUUCUGUCCCAGGCCCCAACCUCGAACGCACAUCCCAGGAUAGAGCAUGAGACGCGUCCAGUCAAGGGGGAGGACUCUUUCCCCGAGAACAUCCUGACCUACGCAUCCCACACGUCCGCAUUAACCUAUCCUCCUGCAUCCUGGCUCCAGUAUCCUGACAACCUUGUGCGGCCCCUUAGCCAGGGGCAGCCGGAUGAGCUCAGCCCCAAGGGAGAUGGUGAUGUGGAGAAACAGCAGCUGAUCGCGGCACUUGGCGCCUAUGCUGCUCAGAGGCCUCCGGGAGAGAACGACCCAGGGCCACAGUACCUUCUACACAGUCCUGUGAGGGCACCGAGGCCCUUCUCAGCACCUGCUGCCUCUCAGAGAUGGCCCCUACCCGCCGGAGACUCCAAAGAGUCCCUGAGCUUGGGAGAUGCCCAGAUGGCACGAGUCCUGGAUUUCACUGCUGCACUGCAGACCGACAGCCUCAUUCAUGUGUUCUCCUCAGCCCUUCCCUUGCAUGAUGAUGGUAAGGGCGACAGCGACGGCGGCCAUGAUAAGAAUGGCAUUGAAGGUGGUGAGGACGAUGAUGGGGCGAGGAUGGUGAAUAUGGGCCGUGAAGGCGAGGAUGGCGAUGAUGAUGGUGAAGGUUGA